AUGGCUAACAUCAUCAAGGCUACUGCUCACUGUUGCUGCUACUGCUGUCUACUGCUGCUGCUGCUCUGCACUGCUGCUAGCUCUUCGGCAAUCAUUCAACAGCCUCAUAGUGAUGACACACAGGUUGCACACAGAGCAAUAGCUGGAGCGUUGAAUGAUGUGUUAUCAACACAGGACCAUCUCCACUGCUCUAUUUUCAUCCUCACCGCCGACGCCUCCUCCGAUCCAUCAACCAUCGCUUUAUUAGAGCUGUUAUGGAUCCCAGUAGGUCUGGGCGUCUUCACAGCAACACAAGAUGGCUCAGAUAAUAACGAUACUCGCUGGCAGCUUCCACCCACACUUGUUCGUGCUCUUAACGUGCGGCAGGUGUCAUGGUGCGUGACGGUGGUGGUGGUGAGCGACGACCUCGCCUUCCUCACCGCCUUCGCCCAGUGGUCCCUCAAGGGCCGCCUCCUGGUGUGGUCGACGAGGCUCCUGGUCGUCACCCGCCUCCCCCUCCAUCACCUGCAGGUCCUCCAUGGGUUGCUCUCCAUGACCAACUCCAUGCUGCUCAGUGUUCAUGAUGCGCCUGUCAGCUGCAGUGUGUACAUCCAGCUGCCGUACAGUCCCAGAGGAGCCCAGGCGCUGAAGGUGGCCUCCUGGACGCCCCACCAAGGCCUCGCCCUCACCUCCAGCCUCCCGCUCUUCCCUGACAAGUUCUCCAGAUUCCUUCAGCGACCGACUCUCAAGCUGGCGACGGAGACAAGUCCUUUGAACAUAAUAGUUGUCAAGAAGGAAGCAGAGGCCCGUGAUGGAGUGAUGGAGUUUGCAGGACCAGCGGCGGACCUAGUGUCCUACCUCGCGAUGGCUCUCAACUUCUCAUACAUAUACCUGAGACCUGCUGAUAGGUCUUGGGGCAUAAAGCGUGCCGAUGGUUCCUGGUCAGGUAUGGUGGGGAUGGUCACCAGACAAGAAGUAGACAUAGCAGUCGGCCCCUUCGGUGUUAGUGAAACGCGCGCUGCGGUAGUGGACUUCACUGAACCAUUCUUAACUGACUCCUGGAGGAUGCUGGGAGCCCGAGGCCGGCCGGAGGUUGACCCGUGGGGCUUCCUGUUCCCUCUGGAGCCGGUGGUGUGGACGGCCAUCCUGGCGGCGCUGCUGGUGCUGCCUCUGACGGCCUUCCUCAUGUCUUCAUGCUUCUUACUCAAUACAUUCGGUCAAGAGAAAAUGCUUCCACCAACAUCCUCUUAUCUCCGUAUAUUAUUGAACCAGAAUGUGUUGAAUUGUGGUGGUGACUGGUGGUGGGAGCGGGUGGUAAUGGCGGUGUGGGGGCUGGUGACGGUGGUUUUGACGCAGAGCUACGCCGGCAACCUCAUGGCUCUCCUGGCUGUCAGACACAUCUCUCAGCCCUUCCAGUCCCUCCAGGACGUGCUGGUCGACCGCUCCGUCAUCACCAUAUGGGAGAAAGACUCGGCCAAUGUACAGUUUUUACAUGUAUGUGAUUUAAAUGUUAUCCAAAUAUGUUGA